AUGUAUCAGAAUCCGAGUCAAUCCGCGAGUCCGAAUUCCCCCAACUCGUUGCGACAAAACCAAGAUCUUCCAGAGUUUCCCAACCCGUUCGACAAUGCCGGAGAUUUCGAGCUUGGCUUUCCCGUGCGGAGCCUUAAGGAGCUGCUGCUGUGUCGCGUCAUGGGUCAGAUUCGGGAGAAGCCGGUUUGGAUCCGAAAGGUGACGGACGACAAAAUUGUCAAGAAAUGGAAGGCGGAGUUGACGGAGCCGGCAGCGGACGUCCAUCCUGACGGUUUCAUCGACGCCAGCAAGGAGUACUGGACUGCGGAGGAAGCUUCCGCCGUGCUUUCGUUCCUGAGAGAGACUACAACGCGGCCUGUCAAGAUCGACCCUGCUCUCUUCACCUACGCAAUCUCUGAGCUACGCUGGCUCGCCUCCUCCCUCUCCUCCUCCUCCUCCUCCUCCUCCUCCUCCUCCUCCUCCUCCUCCUCCUCCUCCUCCUCGUCCUCCCCUCCCUCUUCUCCACUCUCCUCUCUCUCCCUCCACGGCAAUCCCAAGGUGCUCCCAUCCGCAGCAGACGGCGUGUUCAUCUCCCCAGACCCCCCACUCGACCCCUCACUCAAGCAACUCUUUCUAGACGGAAUCACCUCUCUAGAAUCAGUUACUGAGGAUCAAAUCGACUACCACCCGGGAUCAAAUCACCAAGUGAUCGAUCUCAUUCACCCCAGCCUGCAUUGCCUGGUCGUUGGUCGCACUAGAGUUAUCCAGGAUCCGCCCAACGACCUUCAGAUUCUUCCCUGGGAUGAGCUGGUUAGCAGCUUGGGGGAAGUCGCUCGGCCUAUGCCGCCCAGUCAGCCGACCCGGCAGGUGUAUUACCCAACCGGGAAUCAUUCAUACCUUUCAGAAAAGUUUCAGUGGCUACCCGCAGAGGUGGACGUUGCUGCGGACGGGCAGAGUGCGAAGUUUCGGUCGUAUAUUAAUAAUUUGCACCCGCAUGAGUUUGCGGGGAUGUACCGGGGUCUGGAGCAUAUUUUCGCCACAGCGUUUGUGCCGUUGUUUAACAAAGUGCUGACAGAAGCAGUUCAGCAGCGACGAGAGCGAUUCGACUACGAUAUUUACGGGUGGUACGACGGGUGGAAGGGCGAGAGGGAAUACGACAAGGAGGACGAUGAUGACUACCACCAGUGGCUGGUGGACCGGCAGCCCUUGACCUGCUUCAAGUGGUACGAUGAGUGGAAGGGCGAGAGAGAAUACGACAAGGACGACGACGACGACUACCACCAGUGGCUGGUGGACCGGCAGCCCAAGCAGCCAGACACCCCUGCAGAGUUCUCCCCCCCACAGCCUCCCUCCCCCGGGCACGUGGUGGACCUGAAAGGGCGGCGACUGCAGGUGGUGGUGAAGGUGGCAAGCAUUCAGCUGACCCCUGACAGCCCGAAGUAUCCUGGGGGUACUUGGCAUGUGGAGGGCAUGCGGAAUGAGCAUAUUGUGGCCACAGGCAUUUACUAUUUCGACUCUCACAACAUCACCGAGUCGCGCCUUCAAUUCAGGAUCACCGUUGCCGAACCAGACUACGACCAGAACGACAACAAAGGGGUGGCUCGGAUAUACGGCCUGGUGGACGACGGACCUCUCACGCAACCUCUAGGCUCGGUCCGGACUGACAUCCCGAACCUCUGCCUCGCCUUCCCGAACCACUUCCACCACCGGGUUGCGCCGUUCGAGCUACAGGACGAAACCCGUGCCGGCCACCGGAAGAUUCUUGUCUUUUUCCUGGUGGAUCCGCGGGUGGCAAUCGUAUCCACUGCACGCGUGCCACCUCAGCAGCUGAGCUGGCAGAGGAGGGAGCUGGAGAGAAAAGGCCACCCGUGCUCGGUCCUGCCUGGGUUAGCUCUAUAUCUGAUUGCAGAGGGAGUGAGUGGGGGAGAGCAUGGGGAAGAGGGUAAGGGAGAAAGUAGUGGUGUGGAGCGAGGUGGGGAGGAGGGUAGGGUUGAUGAGGGAGAGGAUGGAGGCGAGGGGCAGGGUGUGGGGAGAGAGAGCAGGGAUGGCAGGGGUGCAGCGAUGACGAUGGAAGAAGCAAAGAAGUACCGGGAGGCUCUGAUGGAAGAGAGGAAGGCGCUGGUUCAGCUGGCCAAUGAGGAGUUGUUUGAACGGCCCUUCUCGCUCUGCGAGCACUGA